AAAUUAGCUCAUCUGUACUGCAUUCCAAGUGAGGUCAUUGUCAUCUUUGAUGGACCAGCCAAGCCCACUAUCAAGAGAGGCACGCACAUCAUGAAAACUCCGCCAUGGUUGACAGAACCAUUCAAGCACUUUGCACAGACAUUGGGAUUUGCCGUCCAUGAUGCUGCUGGUGAGGCUGAGGCAGAACUUGCUGCACUUAGUUGCAGUGGUGUUAUCGAUGCGGUCAUCACUGAGGAUAGUGAUGCACUGGUAUUUGGGGCUUCACAUGUCUUCAGGAGUUGCUCUGACAACAUUAUUAUCUACUCUGCUGACAAUAUUCAGCAACAUGGAGAGGUAAUGCUCUCUAAUGGCGGCCUUCUGCUUAUGGCUCUGUUGUGUGGUGGUGACUACCAUGCUGUGGGUGGAGAAUGGCACGUGGAUUGGCACAAUAUGGUAUUGGUGACUGAUCUCCUUCAAGAGGCUCAGGCCCAUUCACUCACAUCAAACCAUGAAGGACUGAAGGACUAUAUCUGUGGCUGGUCCUGUCACCUGCAAGAAAUCCUUGUCAAGGAUCCACUUGGCCACAUUGGCUGGCAUCACCCCAGGUUUUUGAACAAUGUUCCUGACAAUUUUCCUGAUGUAUCAGUUGUACUGGCAUAUGUCAAACCCCCGACCUCUGCACAGCCAGUCAGUCAUGAUUUCAUCCACUCAAAGGUCUUGGACUUAGAGAAUCUCGCAUACCUGUGUGAGUUCCACUUUUGCUGGUCAAAAUACACACUCCCAGGCCCAGUAAGAGAUGCAGAGAGUAUGGGGACUAUGUGGAAGUUGCAGGACUACAUUUGGCCUGGAAUCUGUAUCCAUGUGCUUCUAGAGGUGAGCUGGCCAGUGCGUAUUUACUGUCACACUACCCCAUUCUGA